CAGACAGACAGACAGACAGACAGAUAAACAGACAUAUGAAUUGUGCAACUCGACCAUGCGUCGAGAACUGCCAAUUUUAGCUAUGGUGCCUUUUACUGAUAUUCACUGUAUGGUAGUAUAAAUAUUGAUGUCGAAAAUAAAAGACAGGCAGACAGACAGACAGACAGACAGACAGACAGGCAGUCGUCCAUUUCGUUCUAUUCACUAUUUCAUCUCUUCAGCCAAAAUGGCAUUUUGAGAACGACCGUUAACGUUCCCGACUCCAUUACGGACUGGAUAUUGCAAGGAAUGAGUCUAUCAAGCAGCGGAUUUGGAGUGGCAAAACCCAAAACACUUCGAGCAUACAAAUCAUUCUUCAUUGAGUGUCGAAUGCCAUUUUCCGCUCGGCGUCUCGAACAAAUAUCAAUUGUUUGUCUUGCGUACAACUUUAAUGGAAAUGAGUUAUGUGCUCUAGUGCAGCUGUUGAACACACCGGAAAGCAUUUGUACGAGUGCAGGAGUGGGAGAUAAACAAGUCAUCACGAGAAAUUUCAUUCUAAAGGGAACGUCCUCCUAUCCCAUUGUCAUCCAUGUUGUGCCGUUGGACUUGGGAUCUCAUCGCUUGACUGUACAACUGCUUACCAAUAUGGGGACAGAUGAAGUUGUUUACCAUCUUAAAGUUGAACCGGAAGGAAUCAGGAUCGACCAGCUAUUCACGAUUGAGUUAGACCCACAAGAUCUAAACUUUCCAAGAAGACAGCGCUGUCGCUCAGCUCCUGAUCAAGAGCUUGAACAAACCUGUUUUGACAGUCGAAGUUGCUCCGCUCGAACACACAACGCUGCAAGAAUGACCAAAGAUCAAUGCUGUGACGUCAGAAAUUUUUAUUGGACUCCACACGGAUGGGGAGACAACUGUGAGACAUGCCCUCUUACUGGAAUUUAUCGUAGAACUAACGUAAGCAAAGUCGAAAAUGGCAAAGCACAAGACAACUAUUUCCGUCUUGUUUUACCAGAAGAUGUCGUCCCGGAGUCCGACCAAGCAUUUGUCACUAUUACAGGCAGUUACCUGCAGAACGCAAAGAUCAGAUCACCCCGCGCAAAGCAGCUUCAGGGUCUUCCAAGCGACACCAACGAGCAAGCAGUGUUCGCUCUCGGAAUCAGCGUCGCAAACCUCCGAUACAUGAAAUUUACGGGUCAAGACGGAUCGUCACAGUAUAGAGAUCUACUCUCAGCUACUAAACAAACCUUUCAAAAUGUUAUCGAUCAGCAGGACAAGAAUGGAAGUUAUCGAGCGUACUGGUCUCAAUCUUCAACCUACUUUAUGGCUACAACGUUGACAAUACUGACGUCUGCUUCCGAGUUUGUAUUUAUCGACAAGAAAAUUUUGAAGGACGCCAAAGAUGUCGUGGCCGGUCGAAUGAAAGAUAGCUGCAUAUUAGAAGACCAGGAAGCAGACACGAAUUUCAACAUAGUCUCAUUAGCUGCUCAUGCCAUCGCCUCAUUUUCCGGGAAAAUAAGUCGCAAAGUCUUCUGUCCUAAAUCGGGCUCUGACAACUGUAUCUGCUGCUCUAAUCAUCGGAUCAUCAACAGCUUUAGACGCUGGAGAAGAGAUGCCGACGAUUACACGCGCUCUUGGGCGUUUUACGCCAUGACGCUCGCCUGUCUACCACAAAAUGGCGACAACUGUUGUAACGAAACCUUUCGGGAAAUUCUCCGCGUUGACAUGUACAAGGCAGCCCAAACACGAAAAGGCAGGAGAUUUUGGUCAGACGAACCCGAUGCUGAUGAUGUUGCUACCUCUAGAUCGAUCAUGACGACAGCCAUCAUGUUGUGCGCAUACGUAGCAAAGGGAGAUAUUGAAGAAGCUAGGCCAGUCGCCCGUUGGUUGAGCAGUGUUCGCAACACGAACCUGGAGCUUCCAUCAACGGAAAGUACUUACUGGACGCAGGAAUGCUUGACUGCCUUUUCAAGAGUGUUACAGCAACAGCGAAAUCUCAACGUGAAAUCGUGUUUUGUCAACGACUCGUUUGCAAACACUGUGAACGUGGAUGACAGCAACAGAGACGUGGAACAAUCGUUUAAAAUUCCAUCAGAAGGUUUGCUGAAAGUCACAACGACAGGAAAUGGAGUGGGAUUCAUGCAGGUCAAGCUGAGCUACAACACGAUCAAAUACGAUAACGAGAAGUGCCACUUUACCUUUACAGUAAACACCAGCAACCUUAAUAAUUCAAUAGAAAACGAAAAACAAGUUCUAGUUUCACUAUGCAUAAGGCACCAGUUAACUGUCUCUGCCAAUUCUGUGACCGUCGAAGUUAAGAUCCCUACAGGAUACUCUCCUUGUGAUGAAGCAACUAUGGGGAAUACGAAGGACAAACAUUGUCUUGAUGAAAUCUUACUCAAAAUGGGAGAUCAACUUGGUUUGGAAAGCUAUGAAAAUUAUGAUUCUACUGUGUUCUUCCAUCUCAAACAGGUGCCUUCAAAGACAGAUUUGUGCAUCAAUUUCAAACUACUUGAAAAGUUGUCCGUUCAGUCUCGCACCCCAGUCUUUGCUAAAGUCUAUAAAGAAGAAGAGCGAGGUGCGUACUGUGCUGUGCCGUACUCAGUCGACAACAAGGACGAGACGCUGACGUUGCUCGGCUGCUCCAAAAACUCAGGAACGUUGUGCGUAUGUGCAGCAGGUCGUUGCCCGAAACUGGGACCAAUCAAGAACAGAAUAUGCCAGGCCUGCAACCAUCAUCACUACGCAUUCAAAGUUUGAUUGACUAAGAUAGUCCAGAAAGACGCAUGGUAUCGAAUAAGAUGUGACCUUGAACAGGUCAUCAAACCCGGAAUGCACCCUACAAGCAAUCGCAUUCUAUUCUGGAUGCGAGACGUCUGCUAUAGUAAAGUCAAUCUCAAAGUUGAAGAGACAUAUCACGUCAUGGGACUGGAGAGCUCAAAGUUCGUUUUAGAUCACAACUCGCUGAUCGAAGAGUGGCCCAAGUAUACUGAGCGAGCCGACCCCAAUUGCAUAAAAAAGAAGACCGACGCUUGCAUUCGCAAAAAGUGCAAAAGCAAGGGCAGGAGAGGAGGGAGAAGACACAACGAUUGCGUAAAAAGCAAGAAGACAAUUUGCAAACGGCAGGCGAAAGGCAACUGCUUGACCGGUUUUACUCGGUACCUCGAGGACAUACGCAUUGGGCAUGUGUGCGAGAGAAGCGACCUUUGCAAAUAAACGCGGUCUCGGAGAAGACAUGCACUGAAACGUUUGUGAGUACCGGUAUACCUGGUCUUGCCGUUUGUAAGAUAGAUAGAUGAUCGUUGAGUUAAAUCGAGCUGUCUCGGCUUGCGCUUCUAGUUUAAGACAAUUUCAAGUGUGUUUCUCACAGUCUGAAAUAUGUGACAGGAUCUCGUUCAAUCCAUAA